AUGUUUUCCACAGGAGUCCUCCUUUUGGCUGUUUUGACUUCGACUGCACUGGCUGGACCGUGGGCUAAUAUAUGUGCUGGCAAGUCUUCCAAUGAGAUCAGGACGUGUGACAGCCAUGGCUGUGGCCAGUACACUCCUCAAAGAAGUCCCAGGCCUCACCAGGGUGUGGAUGUCUUGUGCUCUGAUGGAUCUACUGUGUAUGCCCCUUUCACUGGAAUGAUUGUGGGCCAGGCGAAAUCGCAUAAAGACAAAAAUGCCAUCAAUAAUGGUGUUCGGAUAUCUGGAAGUGGUUUCUGUAUUAAAAUGCUCCACAUUAAGCCAAUUAAGUAUAAAGGUUCUAUCAAGAAGGGAGAAAAACUGGGAACAGUACUGCCCUUGCAGAAAGUUUAUCCUGGCAUACAAUCCCACGUACAUAUUGAAAACUGUGACUCGAGCGAUCCUACUGUGUACUUAUAA